GGGGGUGCCGCCGCCAGGCGCAUGCGCGCGGAGCACGCCCGGGUCGCCGUGACCGGGAGAGCGGCGCUGUGACGUCACUGGGACGCGCCGCGGCCAGCGCCGGGAUGCGGCGGGCGGCGCUGAGCGCGGUCGGUGGGGCGGCGGCGGCGGCGACCCCCCCGGGCCGGUUUUUCCGCGCCGCACCUCCGGUGCUGGCGGCCGACAAGGAAUCGCUGCUGCAGCUGCGGCGUCGAACGGGGCUGCCGUUCCUGCAGUGCCGGGAAGCGCUGCUGCGCUGCGGGGGGGACCUCGGGCAGGCGGAGGCCUGGCUGCAGGAGCAGGCGCAGCAGCAGGGCUGGAGCAAAGCCACCCAAGUGCGGGGCCGGCGGGCGCAGGAGGGGCUGGUGGGGCUGCUGCGGGAGGGGACAGCGGCUGCCAUGGUGGAGGUGAACUGCGAGACGGAUUUCGUGGCCAGAAAUUCGGAAUUCCAGCAGCUGGUGGAGCAGGCGGUGCUGGGCACCAUGGCUCACUGCCGGGCUGCCCCCGCCCCGCUCACCGCCUGCACCAAGCACCUGCUACAAGCGGAUGAGCUGGCCCAGCUCCGGACGGGACCUGGGGGGGCUCUGCUCAGCAACCACAUUGCGCUGGCUAUAGGGAAAUUAGGCGAAAACCUGACCUUGCGCCGCGCUGCCUGGCUGAGGGUGCCAGAGGGGGACGGCUACAUCGCCACUUACACCCACGGCUGGGGCCCGGCACCUGCGCCGGUGGCCAUGGGCGCCUACGGGGCGCUGGUGGCCUGUCGGGUGAUGGAGCCCCGGCCCCCCGCAGCGACGCUGGAGGAGGUGGGGCGGAAGGUGGCCCAGCACGUGGUGGGGAUGGCACCCACGGCCCUGGGGACCCCCCAGGACGAGCCCCGGGGGGAGGAGGAGGAGACGCGGCUGCUGGCCCAGAGCUUUUUGCUGGAGCCUGACCUCACGGUGGGGCAGUUCCUGGGGGCGCGGGGGGCUCUGACUGUCAGCGAUUUCCUCCGCUUCCACUGUGGCGAGGAGACCCCCGCCCCGGGGGGGUAGGGCAAGGGGCUCAGCCCCGCACCUCAGCACCGGACCAGGCCCUGGAAGCUCGGCCCCGGCAGCGGGAGGAGGCGGGGGGACACAGGACUGUGGUGUCCUGACUCCCUGUGCUGGUUUGGGGGGCGGGGCAGGCAGUGUGACUCGGAGGGACAAGGCAGAAUAAAGCUGUGGAGGAACCGGC